AUGGAAAUGCAGGAUCCAAAGAUGAACGUAGCUCCUUCUGCAGGUGAUGCAGGAUACUGGCAGGAACAGGAGGGCUUCCUGCCCAGCCAUGGUCCUGCUUCUGGAAGGAAACCGGUUCAGUUCAUGAAUUUCGAGGGGAAGACGUCAUUUGGAAUGUCAGUGUUCAACCUCAGCAUUGCCAUCAUGGGCAGCGGCACCCUGGGGCUGGCUUACGCCAUGGCCCACACAGGAGUUCUCUUCUUCCUGGCCCUGUUGCUGUGCAUCGCACUCCUGUCUUCGUACUCCAUCCACCUCCUGCUGACCUGUGCCAGUGUUGUAGGUGAGAUGCAGAGCCUGGAUCCCCUCUCCUUUGGACCCCAGACUCUAGAUACCCUUCCAGAGCUCAACCCAGACCUUGGAUCCCAGAUGGACUGGUUCUUGAAAGGAAAUGUCUUUAUCAUCAUCCUGCCCCUGGCCCUCAUGAAACACUUGGUUUAUCUGGGAUAUACCAGUGGUCUCUCUCUGACCUGCAUGCUGUUUUUCCUCAUUUCGGUCAUUUACGAGAAGUCCCAGAUUGACUGUCCUAUAACUCACAAUGAGACAGCAAUAGAGAGUGAAGACACCCCCCCCCCAGGCCUCCGUGCUCAGGGCUUCAAUAGCAGCUGUGAGGCCCAGAUGUUCACAGUUGACUCUCAGAUGUCCUAUACAGUGCCCGUUAUGGCUUUUGCCUUUGUCUGCUACCCUGAGGUGUUGCCAAUCUACAUGGAGCUCUCUUGGCCUUCCCAGCACAGGAUGCAGGCUGUGGCCAGUGUGUCCACUGGGGCCAUGUUCUGCAUGUAUGGGCUCACAACAACCUUUGGAUACCUCACCUUCUACAGCAGCAUGGGAGCAGAGAUGUUACACAGGUACAACCAGAAGGACCCACUCAUCCUCUGCAUGCACCUGGCUGUGCUGCUUGCAGUGACCCUCACUGUGCCAAUUGUGCUCUUCCCUAUGCGUAGGGAGGCCCUACAGCAGCUACUCUUCCCAAGCAAGGCCUUCAGCUGGCCACCACAUGUUGCCAUAGCCCUGACCCUGCUAGUGUUGGUUAAUGUCCUUGUCAUCUGUGUGCCCACCAUCCAGGAUAUCUUUGGGAUUAUUGGUUCCAUGUAAGCCCCUAGCCUCUUCUUCAUCCUUCCCAGCAUCUUCUACCUCCGAAUUGUACCCUCUGAGGUGGAACCCCUCUUUUCCUGGUGGAAGACCCAGGCCCUGUGUCCUGGGUCCUGAGUUUUGGUAAAUGGAGUCCUCUUCAUGUCCAUCAGUCUGGGUUUUAUGUGCAACUGGGCCACAGGCCAGAACCAUGUGUCUGGGCACUGA